AUGUCCAACCUCCCACCGAGAGGUCAGGGCACGAGACCCCCUGGAAUCCAUUGCAGGGGCUCGGGCUCCGCUCCACCAGCUCCCCCACCAACAUCGGCUGCUGGCUCAUUGUCCUUGAGCGGUGGUGCCUUGCCAAUCUCGCCAGACCCUACCACGACUAGGGCCACCUACUUGACGAUUUCUGACUUGGGGACAGCCCAACCACACCAGGAGAUGGAGGUGGAGGGCACUCAGGGAGGGGAGGAGUUCCGAGACACAGUCGAGGAUCUUUUGGGGGACCUCGAGGUGUUGACCACUUCUGUUGCGAAGGCCACAGAUUGGAUUCUGCGGGCUGUGCAUCACGAUCCGCUCUCCAUCGAUGGGGGCGAUGCCUUCGUGGCCCAGAUGACGUCCUUCGUGAAUGCCGUUAUGGCCACUGACUUUAGUCGUAUUCAUGGACCAGGUGAGCUCGACAACUUCUCGCUUGCCUCUCUUCUCGAGGCCGAGACAUCUUCCAAGGACGAGCCGACCAUCCACCCAGCUCCCAUAUUCAGACCCCCUCCUCCUGCUGCCUGUGGGCCGCUCGAUAAGGGUGUCGCUGACGUAGGGGCUCCGCCUGAUGUCCUCAUGCAGGCUUUGGACGACCUCGGUCGCCUGGCCUCCCCUUCUCGCAUCCCUGCUUCCAAGAAGCAUAAGGGUGUUGAUUGUCUGGUGCUGCCCCCUCCUCAGAAGAAGAGCAAGGUCGCCUACUCCCACCCUGGUCUGCCCCCGCCGAUCAAUCGCGCCACUAAACCCAAGCCCCGUCUGACGACAUGGGCAGGGAUUGCUUGA